AUGGAUUUCAAGAAUCUCGGCAAAAGCUUCACCUCCUUUGGGUCCUCAAUCACCCCUUUCGCUUCCCGUACCUUCCAGUACACCAAGGAGCAGCUUGGCCAGGCCGAGGACAAGACCCAGCUCCCUCCCGACUACAUUGAUCUCGAGAAGCGCGUCGAUGCCCUCAAGCAGGUGCAUCAGAAGAUGCUGGCCGUGACCUCGCAAUACUCGAACGAGGCCUACGACUACCCGCCCAACAUCAAGGAGACCUUCCAGGAUCUCGGUCGCACCGUCAGCGAGAAGGUCACUCUCCUUUCGUCCGCUGGCUCCCCGGCCGAGGCCCAGGCAGCCCUGACCGCUCCCCCUUCGGCGAAGCCCCAGCCCAAGACCUUCAACCAUGCCAUUGCCAGAGCCAGUCUGUCAAGCAGCCAGGUGCUUCACCAGCAGCAUACCGGAACCGGCGAGGAUCCUUUGGCUACGGCUCUCGAGAAGUAUGCCUUGGCUAUGGAGCGAGUCGGCGAGUCCCGCAUGGCCCAGGAUGCCCAGAUCCAGAGCCGCUUCCUUGCCGGCUGGAACACCACCUUGAACACCAACCUCAAGUUCGCUACCCGCGCCCGCCAGAACGUCGAGAAGUCCCGCUUGACUCUCGAUGCUGCCAAGGCCCGCGCUCACGGCACCACCUGGAAGAUGGGCCCCGGUGCCACUCCCAACGAGGGCCAGCCUCCGGAGCUGAGCCCUGAGGCCCAGGAGGAGAUUGAGAAGGCCGAGGACGACUUUGUCACGCAAACUGAGGAGGCCGUUGGUGUCAUGAAGAAUGUUCUUGAUACCCCUGAGCCCCUUCGCAACCUUGCCGACCUGAUUGCUGCUCAGAUCGAGUACCACAAGAAGGCCUACGAGAUCUUGAGCGAGCUUGCCCCGGUUGUCGAUGGCCUGCAGGUUGAGCAGGAGGCCAGCUACCGCAAGAGCCGUGAGAACGCCUCUUAA